GCUAAAAAAGCUUGUUGGGAUCAAAAUCAUGGGUCGUGGAAAAAUACCAAUUAAGAGAAUUGAAAACCAGACAACAAGGCAAGUCACCUUCUCCAAGCGCAGAGCUGGUCUUUUGAAGAAGACUCAUGAACUUUCAGUGCUUUGUGAUGCUCAAAUAGGCCUCAUCAUCUUUUCUAGCACUGGAAAACUCUGCCAGUACUGCACUGAACCUUACAGGAUGCAGCAAAUAAUAGAAAGAUAUCAAAAGGUUAAAGGGACCAGUAUUCCUGAGCAUGAUAGCAGAGAACAACUGUUCGGUGAGUUGACAAUGCUUAGGAAAGAAACUCUCAGUCUUCAAUUAAAUAUGAAGCGUUACAUGGGUGAGGACAUGAGUUCCAUUCCUUUUGAUGAUUUAGAUGAACUCGAACAAGAACUAGAACGCUCUGUUGCCAAGGUCCGCAACCGGAAGAAUGAGCUCUUGCAGCAGCAACUGGAUAAUCUGCACAGGAAGGAGCGAAUGUUGGAGGAGGAAAAUGGCAAUAUGUACCGUUGGAUCCAGGAUCAUCGCGUGGCAAUGGAGUAUCAGCACGCGACACUGGAAGCAAAGCCAGUGGAGCAUCAACAAGUUCUUGAUCAAUUCCCAUUUUGUGGAGAACCGAGUAGUGUCCUUCAGCUUGGAACCAUUCAUUCUCAAAUCCAUUCAUACCAUCUGCAGCUUGCUCAGCCCAACCUUCAAGGUUCUAGCAUUUAGAGCUUUAAGCAAGUAGCAAGAAUAAUAAGACUCUCAGAGACGGGUUUCUUGAGUACAAGUGUAGUGGAAUUAAUAGACAGUAUGCGUGCAUUGCUUUUAAGACAAACUACUCAUAUAUUUGGUUUCUCACUACAUUUUAUAUAUGCUUUUAUGUUCUUCAAGUUAUGGCUUGAAGUUAUAAUUAAACAAUAUAUAGUGGUGUGUUUUUGUACAUCUAGCAUAACUUGAAUAUUUGAAACUUUUCUUUAUAUAUAUAUAUCUGUCCUGGUAUUCUGUAGAA